UGAGGGACGGCGAGGAGGAGAGAAAACAGCAGCAAGUGAGCACAGAGCAGGCAGAUUACAGCUGGAUCUACUACAUAUGCACAGAUGCAUACAUGAACACACUCACUUAUAUGCACGCUCUCACGAUCCUUUUCUCUGUUUCAUACCGCCAUGCAGAGCAGCCGCAUCAUGAGAGGAAACACAGAGGGAGUUUACCUCUCUUCACCAAGGGAGUGAGGAAAAGAAGAGGAAGGGGGAGAGGAAAGAAACAGACAAAGGAAAUAAAGACAGAGAAAGGAAGACAGAGAGAAGAAAACUUUCUUCUAACGGAUCUUUCCUCCUCAUUUUAAACCUCACCAUGAGGCUCUGAAUUCUCUUUCUCCCACAUAGCUCUUCUUCAGUAGCUGAACCCAUGUCUCUGAAAGUGGGACCCACCGGUAAAAGUGCCAGCACCCACCGCUGGAUGCUGCUGUGCCCCCUGCUCUGUGCUCUGGUCCUGGCUGGAGGCGCCACACUGAGCCCCGAGGACUUGCAGAGAACUGCAGCCACACUGCUGCUAGAAGACUUGACCAGCACGACAAUACAGCUACAGCCAGACCUGCAGACUGAAGCCCAGACACCAACAGAAGCACAGACAAGAGCACAGUCAGAAGCUCUGACAGACAUGCAGACCCAGAGUGUCACCAGCAACUACACAGGUCUGUCCUGUAUUCCUGUCCUGCCACCACGCCGGGGUUCCUUCUAUGUGGAGGGCGGCACAGGCGUGUCGAUUGGGAGUGUGUUGGCCUUUUGGUGCAGAGACGGAUACCAGCUGGUUGGCAGCGACAAAAUAUACUGCCAUGUCAGGAACGGCAAAGCACAGUGGAGCAACUAUCUGCCUGUCUGUGAAGCAAUCCCCAGGCCGGAGGACCGUGGACUGAGAGUGGCUGUACUGGCUUCAGUGGUGAGCGGCAUCGUCAUCCUUGCCAUGUCCCUGUCCUUCCUCAUCUGUUGUCUGCAGGAGCGAUCCAGCCGGGACCGUGCCAAGAAAGAGGGACGAAGCAGGCGAAGAGACAAGCGCUCAGCCCGUCGCAGUGAGUGCUGGUUGGAGAGAGAGGAGUGCGAGUGGGAAGCUUUCCCUCCACCCAAGAUCUUCCACCUGUCCCAGAGGAUGAACCCCCGUCUUGCUCCAGACAGCCCCCUUUACCUGACAGGAGGCCUCAGUGGAUAUGAGAACAGAGGGUACCAGAGGAGUCAGGAGAGUUUGCUAAAGGCCUCCAUGCCCGGGCUCUACCGCUCAGAGUCUCAACUAUACCCACACGUUGUCCUGCAGAGGGUCCCAACCCCGACUGCACCCUCUGCUCCCUCCGCUCCGUCUGCGCCUCUCUACCUUCACCUUCCUGACUCCUCUUCUGCCGCCUCCUCACCUGCCCACAACCUCACACACAGCCAGCCGCACAGCAUGCCACAGUACCCCACUCCAACGUAUCCUCCUAAACCCAAUGUAGCAGUGCCAAACUACCGCCACCCAACACCGGCACCUAUCUAUCCCAACCCCAACCCGACACCACAAAGGCCAUGGCAGUAAGCUAUGUACUCCACCUUCCAUAUUUUCAGGGUGCUGCGCUGUUUCUUCUGAAGAAGCUAAAGGAACACACAGAGAGAAAACGUCACAGGCACGUUUGGAGACACAUGAAGUGUUUUUACUCUUUCUUAUCCCAGUUUUCUCCCACAAAAGUCUGCCUAUCCCAUGCUCUAAAGCAGACGUGUAGAAAUGGACAUGCAGCCAUUGUAGAAGCUCCCCCUUGUGCUGCAUGCUUGAUGAACUUCUCAGUUUGGACUGAGCGGGAACUGAACAUCUUUUUCCCCUUUGAUUCUUAAUCAAAUGAAGCUGCUCCACCAGCAAGAGGAGACUGUCAGAGAAAAUCCAGCUUUCUUUUAAUAACCACCAGAUCAUCAUCACUGAAACCCUAUGUAGCCUAUCAACGAAGGGACACAGAGAGUCGUGAUUUAGAUCCCAUUAAUUUAGUUCAUUAAAGAAAGACUUUGUUUAGGCAGCUCUGAGAAAUGUACAUUUUUAAUAGUUAACUAUUUAGAAAUGGUCCCCCAUCAGGCAUCAGCAGAUCUGGUUAAUCUACUCUAGAAUUAAAUAAACCAAUAUAUUUUUUAACUUCUGGAAUCUCACUUAUUUGUUAACCAGAGCCAUGUGUGAUGUAAUGAAAGUAGCUCUUGUUUAUACACUGUGGUAUUUUCCACACUGAAAACAGAGUAAAGAGAUGGAUUUUAUUGGCAGCAUAGACACUGUGAUUUAAAUACCACUGCUGCUGCAACCACUCAAUACAGCCAAUUUGUAUGGAUUUAAUAACACAGUGGCCAUUAUUACUUCACCUAUUCUUUCUCACCAACACUGUUAACUCCUUUGAUUUUCUUUUUUCUUUUUUUGUUUGUUUGUUUGCAGCUAUUUGUGUAGUAAAAUUAUUCAUAAGAAAAGAUUUAGUGGUCAGCACUGUGACUGGUGAAACAUUCCCACAUUCAGGGGACGCAGAUGGGUUUAGAAACACUGCAAAUAAUCAUCACAUGUAAAAUUAAUUAUACAACAACAUGUGCAUUGUUAAUGAUGUUGGUUUGGUAAGCAAGCAUAAGGAAGUCAGACACACUGUGAGUCUGCACCAGGGGGAGAUGGUGAAACUUCUUAACCAUAAACCUUUGUUGUUCCUUUGAACUGUGCACAUGCAUUUAAAUAAUAAACUCUGUACAAGACCCAUUUACUUUUAUUUUUAAUAGAACACUAAUAAAUUUGCACUUUAACCUUUUUUUAAACGGCUAGUCUUUUAUUGUAAACUUCUUGUGUAACAAUAGGACUGCCAUAAAUGCUUAAUAAAGAGAGUUCAAACAGC